AUCAGAAAUGCCAAGAGAAAAUGAGAAGAUAAGCUAUUGAGGCUGAAAUGGUGCAGAUCAAAAUUGAACAUCUCUAAUCCGAAAGAUUUCCGGGAAGUUUUUUGUAAAUACAAAUUCGGGUGAUGGGCACUAAACGGGAAGAAAGCGGAUGAUGAACCCCGCUCUCGCUUGGGAGAACGUUAUGGACCGUGAUGAGUUAUCAGAGAAUAUAUAAGAAGGAUGAAACAAUGCUGUCAGGCUUUGAAACUCAAACAUCCCUCCAAGAAACCUCAUCCCUCUUCCUAUAACUUUGAACUUCAUUCACAAUGGCAGAAGCACCUCAAAUGAUCUCGCUUGAACAAGCAACUUGGGCUUGGAUUCAUGCUGGAACAAAGAAGCAUCAUAGUGAACUUGGCGUUCGAUUCGUAAAAGGUGCAAUGGCAGGAAUGAUGUUAAGUUUAGGUGGUACGCUUGUUCAAAUCAUGACGGCAAAUCCUUGGUUUGCAACAAACGCUCCUGGUUUACUCAAAAUCCUUCAAGGUCUCGUUUUCCCAGUUGGUUUGGUGAUGAUCGUUUUGUUCCAAGCUGAUCUCGUUACCGGUAAUAUGGCAAUCAUGAUCAUGUCAACGGUCAAGAGAAAGGUACCUUAUUGGGCUUUCGUUAUCGAUUGGACAAUUUGCUUCCUUGGUAACCUUGUUGGUGCUUUGUUUUAUGCCGGCCUUAUCGUUCACUUUUCCGAUAUCUAUACUACCGCAAUGGAUACUGGAGCAGGAAUGCAAGCAGAUGCAAAAGUUUCUGCAAUCAAUUUCCGUCAAAUAUUCUUAAGAGGUAUUGGUUGUAAUUACGCCGUCGUGUCUGCCGUCUUCUUAGCUUCCUUGGCCAAAGAUGUUGUUUCAAAGGUGGUGAUUGCAUAUUUGCCCAUAUUCUUUUUUGUUGCGGCCGGUUACGAGCACGUUGUUGCCAAUAUGUUCUUGAUUCCCGAAGGUUUGAUGACCGGAAAGGCAAAUUUCGGAACAGGAGAAUACAUUUGGAAGAGUAUCAUCGCUUCUUUCUUGGGUAACAUCGUCGGUGCAGCACUUCUUGUUUUGCCUUUGGUAUACAUUCAUGGUCGUGAUGAAUUUGAUCCUCACAGUGUCAAUCAAGACAUGAUCGGAACAAGUUCUCCUACAGGCACUUAUGCUGGACCACAAAAGAAGAGUGAUCAUUGGAAAGAUGAUGUUGAAAGAACUGCUGCAGCACAAUAAACUUUUGGCAUCGAAGACAUCUUUCGUUGUCUCUUUGAAUAUGAUAGUACUUUAUACCUCUUUCUUUCAUUGAUGUUAUACCAUGACGUAAUUGAUCGUCGUUGAUUGAAGAGC